UGUACCCCUCUUUUACAUCGUUUCAUACAUGUAAUACCACACAUGUCCGCUAGGCGGAGCUGCUGUCGCGGCAUCUGUCGCAGUCUUUAUACGCAAUUGGAUGACGUUUAGCAACAGAGGCGUGGCUCAAUAUGGGGAAAUUUGGGUUGCAGUUUAAAGCGACUUUGGAGAAUGUAACAAACGUGAGGCCGGUGGGGGAUGAUUUCCGCUGGUAUUUAAAGCUGAAAUGUGGGAAUUGUGGUGAGGUGUCGGAUAAAUGGCAGUACAUCACCUUACUGGACAGCAUGCCACUGAAAGGAGGACGAGGGAGUGCUAGCAUGGUGCAGAAGUGCAAACUGUGUUCUCGGGAAAACUCAAUAGAUAUCCUGAGGGACACAAUUACACCUUACAAUGCAGAAGACAGUGAAAGGUUUAAGACAAUGGUGCAGUUUGAGUGUCGAGGCCUGGAACCAGUCGAUUUUCAACCUCAGGCUGGUUUUGCUGCUAGCGGAGCGGAGACCACCACCCAGUUCCCUGAAAUCAAUCUGCAAGAGAAAGACUGGACAGACUACGACGAGAAAGCCAGUGAGUCUGUGGGGAUCUAUGAGGUCACUCAUCAAUUCAUCAAGUGCUGAAAAAUAAAGAGGCUGGAUUGAAAAACAACUGACUGGUUACUGAUUGAAGAUCAGUUUUAAAUUGACUACACCACACUCUUGGUAGUCAGUGCUAACUGGAGUUUGCUAGUUGGUAAAUGAACACAUUUUUUAAUGUGCGAGAUGGACGGUAAAUUGUUGGUGUAACAAUAAUAAAGCAAGGAUGAUUUUUU